GUCGGGAAGGCUCCCCCUGGACGUACCCCCACCCUGGAGAUCUUCUGGAGGGGAGUACCUGGCGGUUCAAGCCGUAGUCUGCCGGAAUGUGGUGCCACGGCUAGCAACAUGUGGAUCUUCUUUAUCAUCAUCACCCUACCCCAUGUCUUAGGAGUGGGCGAUAGUAAAGAACAAAAGGGCCUUUUUCCAAUAUUCCAAAGAGCAUCGACGCAACCGCCAGAGAUUAGGAAAUGUGACUGCAGUUGUGGAGAGAGGAACGAGGCUACUCGGAUCGUGGGAGGACAAGAGACAGACAUGAACGAGUUUCCUUGGAUGGUGAGGCUGUCCUACUUCAACAGGUUCUAUUGCGGGGGGAUGCUCAUUAACGACAGAUACGUUCUCACGGCGGCGCACUGCGUCAGGGGGUUCAUGUGGUUCAUGAUAAAGGUAACCUUGGGCGAACACGACAGGUGCAACACGACCCGGAAACCGGAGACCAGGUUCGUGAUCAGGGCCUUCACGGGGGACUUCAGCUACGUCAACUUCGACCACGACAUCGCCGUGCUCAGGCUCAACGCUCAGGUACCGCUCACCGAGACCAUAAGGCCCAUAUGUCUCCCCAAGGUUUCAGAUACUUUAUACGCCGGAACGAAGGCGAUAGCCACCGGCUGGGGCACCCUCAAGGAAGAUGGUAAGCCGUCCUGUAUUCUCCAAGAAGUGGAGAUCCCGGUCAUGUCCAACGAUGAUUGCAGGGCCAACACGAGUUACAAUCCCAAAAUGAUAAGCGACAACAUGCUCUGUGCCGGCUACGAUGAGGGCAAAAAGGAUGCCUGUCAGGGUGAUAGCGGCGGACCUCUAAUAAGAGAAAGAGAAGAUAAAAGAUACGAAUUGAUCGGAGUCGUUUCGUGGGGUAACGGCUGUGCUAGGCCCGGCUUCCCUGGAGUCUACACCCGGGUCACCAGGUACAUCGAUUGGAUCGUCGAGAACUCCAGGGACGGAUGCUUCUGCAACCAGGACUGACAUCACCAAAGCUUAUAAUUUAUAUUUUAUUUAUUAUUUUUAAUAAAAAAUUAAUCAAUA